AUGAACAUCUUCCUGGACUCCAUUGCCGGCAAGGAUUUGAUACUCGGGAUAGACCACCACUCGUUUCAGCUGAAGCCAGGCCACCCGUUCUAUGGCAUCAAGGGCAUUUCUACGCAGUACAAGUUCCAUGUUGUCCAUUUCCAACAUGGAGACAACGGCCUGCGCUACGGGUACUGGUUCGAAUCCAAUGACACUGCAUGCAUAGUGUUCGCCUAUGACAUCACCAAGGAGCUAUAUGUUCCACAGCUGACUAGCUACGGCAACGACGACGCAGCGUGUAGAAUCGCUGACCGACUCCGCCAAUCGCUCCCGUUCAUGUUCCAAUACCCGAAGAUCGAUGACGAAGACACUUGGCACACUCUCACACAACACAUGAAGUGGACCGACAUCCGCUACUGGACAGAAACCACGUCCCCGCACCAUUGUCUUGCCUAUGUCGACUCGUCCAUGACCACAGCGCAGGAAAACAGACUCCUCAAGAACACACUGCUAGCCAAUCGCAUCCCAAACCAACAACGCGAGAUCACCGUCCCUGAAACAGAACCCAUCCUCAACUACACUCCAAUAGUCUUCAAGUCAUCUGCCGCUCUGCGACCAGAACAUAAAACGAACGAUUACCUCGACAAAUCGUGGUACUUGAAUCACGUGAUCCUACCCCAGUACCACUGUGGCUCGCUGCUCUCUCUCCUGGGCGAACUGCAGUUUGCCUUUCUCAACACGCUCAUCUUCUCCAACUACGGAUCCAGCAUCCAAUGGCACAGUAUCACCGAACUCCUGUGCCGCAGUUCGCAGAUCCCACCCCGCCAUCUGCAACAACUCGACUCCAUCCUGGCGGCCCAACUGGCCAUUCUUCCGAAGGAACACGCCGAUGCCUUCCUGAACGAAAAACUCUGGCUGACCUGCCUCGCGGGCCGUGGUGCCGCAGACCCUGGUGAUAUCUCGCACAGAACGCACCUUCCACUUACCAUACAGCAACUACGAAACUUAUUGCCUCCAAGUCCCGUCGCCGCCAACGGCGACGACGAAGACGACUGGGACGCCGGCUGGGAUGCCGGGCGCGGCGCUGGCGCUGGCACCGCCAGCGCCAGCGACAGCGACGAAUACGCACCCACAGUGGUUACCCGCACAUUUCACCAGCUACGUCCGGCGUAG